AUGCCCUUCAAUGGCCCUGAUCUAUUGCAACUUUUUUUUGGAGAGUUCGACGAUGUCCAAAGUGUGAUGAAGCAGACAGAUGCUCUGCUGGCUGUUGAGCCUAUAAUGCAGAAACGAUCUACUGUAUACAUUUCAUCUCCAGUCUCCUCCUUUCUUUGGCACAACCUUUUGAUGAGGGCCUCCUAUGAAUCUAUGGAUCAGGAUUUUGGGUCGUCGUAUCGGAGACUCACAGACGGAAAGAGCGUCACUAUCAAGCCUCUCGGUGAUGGCACGCUUAAUUUCUAUGCCACCCAUGAGAUAUGUCUUAUCGACUUGAGGGGUUUCUACUUCCCUUUUGCUUCUACCUCAGAUGCAAAGAACACAAUUGUCUUUGGUCCCCUGAAAGGGCGCUGGCAGGUCGAUGAGCUUAACACCCUCAGACUCCGUGGAUGGACUGUGGAUUACUACGCCGCUAGUCGGUUGCUUGAUGAAACUUCAGGUUUGAAGUUGGAGGGGGAGCUAUCCCUAGAAAAUGGCCGACAAUUCCUCGAAUACAGCAAAGCGAUCGAGUACAACACUGAGGACGACGGACUGAUCUCUACGAGUACAACGCUGACCGUGAAAGACGACACGGGAAUUGUAGUGGAUCUAUUUGGGCUUGGAUUGGUGAUGGAAGAUUAG